UCUGUCCGCCGGCUGUGACCUCCCCUCAGAAGCGGCCAUAUUGUGCAGCCCUCCCUCCUCUCUCCUCCUUCUCGUCUUCCUCCCCAGGGAGACUGCGCGGCCUCAGCCCACACAGCAGCAGCAGCAGCAUCGCCGACAUCCUCCGGAGCCGCCCGAGUAACGGAGCCUGCAGGAGGGAGGAGGCGGCGGCGGUAACGGGGGAGCCCGGGGCCCUCACACAGGAAAGGACAAUCCUUUUGCUGUCUGUUAGAGCGCGCAGACAAGAUGCCGAAGCCGAUCAAUGUACGGGUCACCACCAUGGACGCCGAGCUGGAGUUUGCCAUCCAGCCGAAUACAACUGGGAAACAGCUCUUCGACCAGGUGGUGAAAACUGUGGGUCUACGAGAGGUUUGGUUCUUUGGGCUGCAGUACGUGGACAGCAAGGGUUACUCUACAUGGCUGAAGCUCAAUAAAAAGGUGACUCAGCAGGAUGUCCGAAAAGAAAACCCUCUGCAAUUUAAGUUCCGCGCCAAGUUUUUCCCAGAGGAUGUUUCCGAAGAAUUAAUUCAGGAGAUAACCCAGAGACUGUUCUUUCUGCAAGUUAAAGAAGCAAUAUUAAAUGAUGAAAUCUACUGUCCCCCCGAGACGGCGGUCCUGCUGGGAUCCUAUGCUGUGCAGUCAAAGUAUGGCGAUUACAGCAAAGAUGCCCACAAGCCGGGUUACCUGGCCAAUGACCGCCUGCUGCCUCAACGGGUUUUGGAACAACAUAAAUUGACGAAAGAACAAUGGGAAGAAAGAAUACAAACCUGGCACGAAGAACACAGGAGCAUGUUGAGGGAAGACUCUAUGAUGGAAUACCUGAAGAUUGCCCAGGAUCUGGAGAUGUACGGUGUCAAUUACUUUGAAAUAAAAAAUAAAAAAGGAACUGAACUUUGGCUUGGUGUGGACGCAUUAGGUCUUAAUAUUUAUGAACAUGAUGACAAGUUGACACCGAAAAUUGGAUUUCCUUGGAGCGAAAUCAGAAACAUCUCAUUUAACGACAAAAAGUUUGUUAUAAAACCAAUCGACAAAAAGGCUCCGGAUUUUGUCUUUUAUGCUCCCCGAUUAAGAAUAAAUAAACGGAUCUUGGCCUUGUGUAUGGGCAACCACGAGCUCUAUAUGAGGCGAAGGAAACCAGACACAAUUGAAGUUCAGCAAAUGAAGGCUCAGGCCAGAGAAGAGAAGCAUCAGAAGCAGCUGGAGAGAGCUCAGCUAGAAAAUGAAAAGAAGAAAAGGGAGAUAGCAGAGAAAGAAAAAGAAAGAAUAGAACGGGAAAAGGACGAACUGAUCGAACGCCUACGGCAAAUUGAGGAACAGACACUAAAGGCACAGAAAGAAUUAGAAGAGCAGACUCGCAGAGCUUUAGAGUUGGAGCAAGAGAGGAAAAGGUCAAAAGAAGAGGCAGAGCGACUGGAGAAUGAGCGACGGUCUGCAGAAGAAGCGAAGGCUGCACUGGCCAAACAAGCUGCAGACCAGAUGAAAAACCAAGAACAGCUGGCAGCUGAACUUGCCGAAUUUACUGCUAAGAUUUCUUUACUUGAAGAGGCGAAGAAGAAAAAGGAAGAAGAAGCGUCAGAGUGGCAGCAAAAGGCAUUUUCUGCACAAGAAGAUUUGGAAAAAACCAAAGAAGAGCUAAAAACCGUGAUGUCUGCUCCACCACCCCCUCCACCUCCUCUCCCUCCACCACCUGCCGCACCCGCAGAAAAUGAACACGAUGAGCAUGAUGAGAACAGCGCAGAGGCCAGUGCAGAACUGUCCUCUGAGGGGGUGAUGAAUCAUCGGAGUGAGGAGGAGAGACUGACCGAAACGCAAAAGAACGAGCGUGUAAAGAAGCAGCUUCAGGCUCUAAGUUCUGAGUUGGCACAAGCAAGAGAUGAAACCAAGAAAACUCAGAAUGACGUUCUUCACGCUGAAAACGUAAAAGCAGGCCGCGACAAGUACAAGACACUCCGCCAGAUACGACAAGGAAACACGAAACAGCGCAUCGAUGAGUUUGAAUCCAUGUGAAGAGGCCUCGCCCCUAACGCCGUUCUACACUAUGCUGAAUCAUCAACAUAGAAGUAGGCCUUUGAAGAAUCGAUGACGAAGCGUGCCCCACCCCUUGCCAAAGCACCUGUACCAGUCUGACUGUGGAGGAUAGACGAUCACAAAUGGGUUUUAUCUGCAGGGCUGAAGAUAUCGCAUCUCAUUUCAGUUCAUAACACCAGCAUAUCAAUGUUACUAAUUCAUAUUGUCACAGUUAGUGUUUCCUGAAAGUUAGUCGUUAGCUGCUAAUAAAGAUUUGAGAUUUGAAAGGACAGCUCAAGUAUGAGUCCAGAACUGACAAGAGUUUAGCGAGUUGUUUUUUUUUUUUGUUUUUUUUUUAUAAUUUGGGAUUAUUUGUAAUUUUAUGUCCCAUCAUGAUGUUGCUUAAAAUGUUCUGGAACAGAGUAAAGUCCAUGUCCUGACAAUUGGUUUAGCAUAUUGGCAAUAACAUGACAUUAUAUAUAAAUAUAUAUAUAUUAUUUUUUUCUUUUAUAAUAAGAGGUUAGUGUUAGGGAGUGAGCUUUAUAAUACUACCUCACGUACACAGGAUGACUGGUCCUCGUAAAACCAACAACAUGUUUUAUUUACUAAGAUUUACCCUAGUUUGACUUCUUUUUUUUUUUCUUUAACUUUAUUUGAUUGCUUUCACUGUCUGUAUUAGUUUGUAAAGUAGUAACAAGCAUAUUAUUUUAUAGGAGACCGGUAACCAUACAAAUACUAACAUCCUAGGCAUGACAAACGCUAUAUACAAUCCGUUAUUCAUAUAAUGCGCCUUUUCUGUCAGGGCCCACCCUCCAGUCCGGAAUGGUGAUUGUGUCUAAGGACUAAGCAGCCUCUAAACUACUUCUCCCAUCAUGCUAUGGUAGUUGCAGGCUGCUCAGUCCUUGAGUCGAUAUGUGAAUUUUUUUAUUUUUUUUCUGUUUGAUAAAUGUGAAAUUAUUAGUGAGAAGCGAUUCUCAAGAAAUGCUUUAUAAGCGUCCGCCAUUGCAUUGUAUUGUCCGAUUAACUAAACGUUAGCGGUAUUCACAUCUAUGUAAGCAGCCUUCAGUGUAAUUGUACGGCAUUCAGUUUCCACUGCUUUGGAUAGUACAACCUUCAUCAACCCCGGCAGGUGCCAUUUGAACUCUUGGUACCCACUGGGGUCGAGCGUUAUUAAAUGCAGUCUACAGACACAUCCUGUGGACGUGUAUGGCUCCUUUUAAGGUGUUCAUUAUGGACUCCCUUGCCCCACAUAAGUCAAGCACAUAGAGCGGACAUCCACGUUGGUCUGCGACAUUGCUAUUUAAAUUUCAUUAUUUUAGAGGCUUAUUGUGUAAAAAACUAAAUCUGCUGCCAAACCCCUGGACGUCCUAACGCAUCGGCUGUCGGAUUGGAGGCAGAACAUAGCCAAAGUAUCCACCAGCCCGCCAUGGGUAUCCUCCAUGGGUUCUAGUGCAAAAUGAAGCUGCUGUCAUUACAUUUCAUACGUAUAUAUAUGUACGCAGAUAUAGCACAGGCCUUAAGGCACAGCAGUAUCAGCUGGCAUUUGUUUGCAUUGCACAGAGAAUUUAGGUAGUGUUUCCAGGCGUAUGGUCCUUCCUAUAGUUACUUUAUAUUAUAGCCGCUCCUGAAUGGACGAGCAUAUCCGACAGGCUUUAACUCUACCAUAUCAUUAUCAGUGUUGGAAUGCCAAUCGCUCACUGGUGAGUAGUUCAUGGCGAGCAAACGUCUAGAUUUGUAGUGCAAGGUAUAGGAUGUUGGAAUUAUGGACAAGUUUGAUAACUCACUUGAGGUUUUGAUUCAAGUGAAUGGCCCCAAGUAUAUGUGGCCAUGAUCUAAAAAGGGAAUUUAUCAGGCACUUAAGUCUGUUUGUUUUUUUUUGGUUUUUUUUCCCCGGAUAUAAUAUCCUUAUAAUUAAUCCUGCUAAGGAACUAAUGAGCUGACCAAGCAGCAGUCAGUAUACUGAGGUAAGGGAUUAUAUACCGAGCAUAGGUAAUACCACAAGAGCAUGAACAUGGCUUCAAAGAGUUCUUUACUUUCUUGAAGAGUUUUGGUCAGACGCUCUGAACAUCAGGUAUUGAUCAUUUCAUGACAGUAAAUUUAGGAUUAUUUUUCCCUUUUACGAAAAUCUUUUGUUGUACAUGAAAGUUGCAAUUAUUUUCAACCAGGUUGUUUAACAAUAAAGAUAUAAUGGACGUUU